UGUUUCUGGAUGGACUGAAGCCAAAGGAAGAACUGCUGGCUGAAGUGUAUGAAGAUGUUUGUAAGGAAAUAAAAAGGUUGAGGGCUCCUCUCGACAGCCGACACUCUCUCAACCGCCUCGUACGGAUUUAGAUGCUCGACCCGUCUCCUGGUAUUCAUGUCUAACGCGGGAUCUUCAGUUUGUUUGCUUUUGGCCUGCUGCUUGUGUUGCAAUGCGCUGCCGACUGCACUCGACCAAGAGGCCGUGAACGACAGGCCUGUGAUCGGUAUUUUGACUCAGAUAGUUUCAGAUGAAGUCAUGAAGCCGUUCGGGAGAACCUUCAUACCUUCCUCCUAUGUGAAGUUUAUUGAGUCUGGGGGCAGCAGAGUGAUGCCUAUCAGAUUGACUCUUAAAACCACUGAAUAUGAAAACAUCUUCAGGAACAUCAACGGCUUGCUCCUAAUUGGGGGGGCAGUGGAUCUGGAGACGUCCGACUUUGCCAGGGUGGCGAAGAUCUUUUACCGACUGGCUCUGACGGCCAAUGACGAAGGGGACUUCUUCCCCAUCUGGGGCACAUGCAUGGGCAUGCAGCUGCUGACGGUGCUGGUGGCCGGAGAGAAUCUGCUGGAGAAAACGCCAGCUGAAAACGUAGCGCUGCCCCUGGACCUGACCUCAGAGGUCGGCUCCAGCAGGAUGUUUGAGGGUUUCUCCAUCAAUCUCAUGAAGGCUUUGACCCGAGAGCCACUCACUGCCAAUUUUCACAACUAUGGAGUCUCAGUGCAGACCUUCGAAGACAACGAGAGGCUGCGGAGCUUCUUCUCCCUGCUGUCCACAAACGUCGCCGGGAACGGAGUCCACUUUGUGUCAACCAUCGAAGGUAAAACCUAUCCCUUCUAUGGGGUGCAGUGGCACCCUGAGGUGAACCGUUUCCAGUGGCAGAGGAAGCACAACUACCCUCACUCUGCUCACGCGGUUCAGUUGUCUUCUCUGCUGGCUGAGUUCUUUGUCAAUGAAGGAAGGAGAAGUUUCCAUCGGUUUGACAAUCCCGAAGAAGAAGCCUCGUCACUGAUUUACAACGACACGCCGGUCUUCGCCGGGAACUUCUCCGGAUAUGAACAGCUCUACUUCUUCUGAACCCCUGGAGCAGCCGCCUGCGCGUCACUCAGCGUGGACGCCGCAGCACCUCGUCUCCAGUCUCCAGGAUCCAGUGGAUAUGCCUGUUAUUGUGCUUAUUUGCAUAAAUAAAGUUUGUUUCUUGUCA